AUUUCUUGCAAUUCCGCGAAAACUGAAAUCCGGUACAUUUUGAUUUUUGUCGUCUAAGUUUGUUGUAUUAUUAUAUGUCUUUGAGCUUUAUAAUUUAUAUUUUCUCAAUAAAAUAUGUCUAAAAGAAAUAGCUUGCCUAGUUCUAAUACACUAUUUAACUAUUUCUCUAAAACACCUCCGUCCAAUAAAAAAGCAAAAGCAAACAAUGACGAAGAAUCUAGUUUGCAGAGUUCGGUUUCAGAAAAUAAAUUCGAGAGCAAGAAGAGAGAGAGAGAAUCAACACCAUCACCGGACAAUAAGAACAACAAUGAAAAUUGUGAAAAGGAAUCGCCUAUUGCUUCUAAAAAAAGAAAAAGAAUCCGUAUUAAUCCCAUUGAUUCAGAUGAUUCUGAUGUGGAAAACAAAGUAGACAAUAAAAUCGAAGUUUCAAAAAUAUCAACAGAGAAAAGGUUGCAGGAUAGUUUCACUUAUGAACCAAGUGAUCCUUCAAAGUCUACAAAGGGAAAAGUUGUGAGCAGACCAAGUGUACCUGCAAAAAAACCUGAGGCACCAGAACCACAAAGUGUUGCUGAUGAGGGUAACUGGGUUCAUUGCAGACUUGAUUGGCUCAAGCCAGAUAAAGUAAGAGAUGCACGGAGAAGAAGACCAGAUGAUCCUGAUUAUGAUCCGACCACUUUGCAUGUACCUGAAGAAUUCUUGAAAACUCAGACACCUGCACAUAAACAAUGGUGGGAGCUGAAGUCGACACACUAUGACUGUGUGCUUUUCUUUAAAGUUGGCAAAUUCUAUGAACUUUACCACAUGGAUGCAGCUGUAGGAGUCAACGAACUUGGCUUCUCUUAUAUGAAGGGGGAUUUUGCGCACUCUGGUUUCCCCGAAAGCGCAUACGCACGCAUGGCUUCCACUCUCGUGUCUAAAGGAUACAAAGUAGCUCGUGUUGAGCAAACUGAGACACCAGAAAUGAUGCAGGACAGAUGUAAACGAGAAUACCUUACAAGCAAAUUCGAUAAGGUCGUGCGUCGAGAAAUAUGUCAGUUGUCAGUAAAAGGUGCGGAAGUGUGUGGUUUACAAGACAAUGGUCCGUCGGAAGCCAACUCACCGUUCAUGUUGACAAUUGCAGAAGAGGUAUUUAUAAAUUUCUCUCAUAUCUCGAAAAAGACACGGGGGAGCGUUGUUUGA